UAAAAUACAUCGCAAGUUUCAGCAAUAAUGUAAAUAAAUAAAUAAAUGAUAAGAAUAAAACAAACUUUAAUUGGUGAUAACGCCAUUCACAUUUGCAUAUAGUACUUGUAACUGUUCUUUGUACAAAACUGCUAUAAAAUGAAACCAAGUGUUAUCUCAGCAGGUUUUGAGGAACAUAUGUUCUUUGACUAAGUACAAUGAAUAAGGCUAGGUGGGUAGUUGAAAUAAUUAUUUUUAGCUGGGUUCAGUGUUCUAUUUAUGCGGACUAUAUUCUAACGGAACCCGUCAGGACGACCAAAGGAUUUGUUCAGGGCAAGUUAGUGAAUACUGUUGGUAAGAAUGUUCGCUACUCGAGUUUCCUGGGAAUACCUUAUGCAAAACCACCACUUGGCUAUCUCAGAUUUAAGCCUCCACAAGAAGCCGAUGCAUGGACAGGAAUCUAUCAGGCAACGGAACAUAAAAAUGAUUGUCCGCAAUUGAAUAUUAUCAAUGGGUCUGUUGUCGGAAAUGAAGACUGUCUUUAUUUGAAUGUUUAUACACCGAAAAUCUGGGACACAAAGUUACGACCGGUAAUGGUUUGGAUUUACGGAGGAGGUUUUGAAAGCGGGUCCAGUAGUCCCGAGUCAUAUGGGCCCGAUUUUUUAAUUGAAGAAGACGUGGUGGUCGUUGCGAUGAAUUACCGCCUUGGAGCAUUGGGGUUCCUGUCUCUCAAUCACAGAAAUGCUACCGGGAAUGCCGGCUUGAAGGACCAAAACUUUGCGCUUCAGUGGGUUAGACAAAAUAUCAAUAAUUUUGGUGGAGAUCCUAAGAGAGUUACGAUUUUUGGACAGAGUGCUGGUUCUGUUUGUACUUUGUACCAUGUGCUUUCUGAUUCAUCAGCUGGAUUAUUCCAAUCAGCGAUAGCUAUGAGCGGAUCUCCUUUGAAUCGCUGGGGGUUCAUUCCUCUACCCGAAGCAGUAUCUCGCGGUUUCGCUAUUGGUAGAUACCUCGGAAUAGAUACAACAGACGCGUCAUUAAUGUUGCAAAAAUUCUACACUUUUUCUGCAGAUGAUUUUGUCCUGACUGUCGCCAACCUCGCAAACGUUUUCGUGCCCUACAUGACCCCGACAAUUGAAGAUCCUACAAUAGCAGAGUCUCCAUUUCUUACCAAAUGUUCGGUAGAUAAAUUUAAUACCGGGAAUUUCAGUCAGGUGCCGAUUAUGAUGGGAAUGACGCACACAGAAACGCUGUCAUACACUGGAUUCAGUAAAACUUCCCGGGACGGAAUCAUUGACGGGUGUCUCGAAUGCAUGAAAGAAUAUCCCGAUUUACGACAUACGAAACAGGUUCAAUUCUUAUAUGACGUUAAGACUCGCAGUAAAAACAAUGACUCGUUUACUAUUGUCGAGCUUAACAAAAUAUCCAACGUAACGUCCGACAUUUUAUUCAACGACGGGAUUGACCGGACCCAGCAAUUUCUGGUGGCAAGUUCAGCGCCAGUUUACUACUAUCGCAAUUCAUUUGAUUACCCAGCAUCCAGUCAUAGGGUCCUGGGUAUGAACCUAGAUGGCGCUGGGCACGGAGACGACAUUUUGCAAAUAUUUUGGGCGCCACAUCAAUACCAAUCGCUUGAUCCGAACAGUGAAAUCGGAAUCCAGCGAAAGAAAAUGGUUAGGAUGUGGAGCAACUUUGCUAAGUACGGAAAUCCGACGCCCAAAGGAACAUCGGAUCGACUUUUGAAUAUAAACUGGCCAGCAUCUGGAUCCAAGGGCACGUGCUUAGAGAUCGAUAGCCGACUUACCGUUGGAUCCCGACCGACUGAUGAUUUUGUAAAAUAUAUCCAAAGUCUAAAAGAGCCAUCGCUUAGAAAUGAAAACGGAUGUUCGUAACAAUUUUUCAUUGGUGUCAAAAAAAAAACUAAAGCACAAAUAAAAUUUAACUCUCA